AUGGAAAAAGAAUUACCACCCCGAGAACAUUGGUCAUCAUGGGUUGAUUUUAUUAUGUCAUGCGUUGGCUAUGCUAUUGGACUUGGCAAUGUAUGGCGUUUCCCAUAUCUGUGCUAUCAGAACGGUGGAGUAAAGUUAAAAUACAAUUCAAUAGCUGAACUAAUAGGUGUCGGAAUUGCAGCAGUAGUGAUGGCUUUUUGGUUGAACGUUUAUUAUAUUGUGGUACUGAGUUGGGCGAUGUGCUAUUUGUGGCAUUCAAUUCGAUUUGACGACAAUGUUCCAUGGAAAUUUUGCAACAACUCGUAA